GUAUAUACCACUACUAACUUUUUCUCUUACAGAUUUUUAAAUAUAUGAAUAAGACUUCUGAAGGUAAUAAUAAAAUUGAUACGAAUGGCAAAUAAAAGAUUUUCUGAUAAGAGAUGAAAGAUUAAUUGCAAUAUUCUAGUAUUAUUCAGUAGUAUUCGGAAUUAAGUUUUAUUAAUUUCAAAAUUAAAUUUUAAAUUGUGAAAAUUCUCUCAUUAGUUGUUUGUAAUAAAUAAAAUUUGAAAGUUGUGAAAAUAAACCUUUAUUGUCCAAAUAAAAUUUAAAGAGACGAAAUUUCAUUAAAAAAAUAAUGUCAAAGAAUAAAAUGAAUCACGCUUUAUUGCAAUACACAGCUGCCUUUACAGCCUCCAUCACGGCCAUUGGAUUUGUUUGCGGCUAUUCAUGGCCAUCUCCAGCGUUGCCAUAUUUAACAGGCGAAAAAUCUGAAAUUCAAAUUACAAAGGAUCAAAGUGCUUGGAUUGCUGCUUUUUAUCCAUUGGGCUUAAUAAUUGGCUAUUUAUUAAAUCCAUUGUUUGUCGAUCGAAUUGGACGAAAACGAACAUUACUCAUGUUCUCAUUGCCACAAGUGAUCUCAUGGUUUCUAAUAAUUAUAGCGAAAAAUUCUUUAAAUCUCUACGUGGCAAGAAUUAUUGGCGGAAUUGGUUAUGGAGGCGGUAUUUCCUCUUCGACUGUAUACAUUUCCGAAAUUGGCAAUGUCAAAAAUCGUGGCAUUUUUCUCGUUCUACUGAAAUGUAUGAUGAAUUUUGGAUUUUUGUUUACAAUGAUUUUAGGCGCAUUUUUAAACUAUAAAAACAUGAAUAUUGUUCUUUUAAUGAUGCCCGUGUUUUUUGUUCUUGUAUUUAUUUUUGUGCCCGAUUCAUCGUAUUUUCAAAACGUCAGUCAAAGAACAGACCAGGCGACUAUGAAUGAAAAAAUUGAUUUUGGGGAUAAUGAUGACGAUGAGGCAAUGGUUAAUUUGAAUCUUUUGAACAAACGGAAGGAGAAUUUUGAAAAAAAUGAUAAAAUUAGCAACAAAAUCAAAACUGAUGAUCAUGAAGACAAAAUUGAUGGUUUUGGAGUCAAUAAUAAUGUCAGUGAAAUCAAAGUUACAGCCACUAAGACCAUUGAUGAAGAAACAUGUAGUAACAAAAGAAAAAUUGAUGAUUCUUCAAGCAUCAGCGACGAAAUGACCGACAAUUCUGUAACCGAAAAAAAUGGAAAAACCGCCAACAACAUAAAAAUGAUUGAUGAUCAUAUGGAGAGAAAAAUUUGGAAAAAAUUGAGUAUAAGGGAAAAUAUUUUUUGGAAAUUAUACACUACACAAAAUUAUCGUCGAGCGUUAGAAAUAUUAUUGGUGAUGGGUCUGACAAAUAUUCUAUCGGGUCACGCGGGAAUUACAACAUUUACUCAACAAAUUUUCACAUACGAUGGGGCAUUUUUGGCACCGGAAAAAGCCUCAGUGAUAUUGGCACUAAUUACACUAAUCACCUCUCUACUAAGUGCACUAAUUGUCGAGAGAGUAAGGCGAAAAAUUCUCAUCGCGUGGACAGGUGUAAUUUUCCCUUGUGUUUGUGGGUACUUUCUUCCUUUGUCAAGAAUCAAAAAUUAAUGUCGACUAUUUUCAAUGGGUACCACUUGCUGGUAUUACGAUAUAUGACGUAAUGCUUUCAUGUGGAAUGGGAAAUGUCUUUUAUGUUUAUCAAGGUGAACUUUUUGCCAACGAAGUGAAAAGUCAAUCUAUAGCAUUCAAUAAAAUUAGUUAUAUGACAUUGA